AAGAUGGCGGAGGCGUGGGGGCAGAGAUGCGGCUCCAUUUAAAUAGGAGAAGCCGGCAGUGCGGAGCGGGAGAGAGGGUCACUCGCGGCCGGCGGCGAGAAUAGCGAGGGAGCAAAGGGAGGAGGAGGCGGAGAAAGGAAGGAGAGAGAGAGUGAGAGUGAGAGAGGGGGAAAGGGAGGAAGGAGCCGAGUCAAUGGCCGGUGUCUCGGGUCGCGGCUGAACUUGUUGGCGCAGUUUAUCCGGAGUUGGCGGUUGGCGGCCCUGAGCUGAGGCUGAGGCUGAGGUGAAGGGUGUCGGUUGGUGUCGGUGCUGUUGGUUGAGAGGCUGUGGUUUGGUUGAGCCCUCCCCCCCCCCUCUCCCUCUCCCGCCUCUCUCCCUCACCUCCUCUCCUGACAGCACAGAUGAUGAAGAUUAAGCAGAACCAGACGCGCACCUACGACGGUGAGGGCUUCAAGAAGCGCGCGGCGUGUCUGUGCUUCAAGGACGAGAGCGAGGAGGAGGUGCUCUUAGUGAGUAGCAGUCGUCACCCAGACCAGUGGAUUGUACCAGGGGGAGGAAUGGAGCCCGAGGAGGAGCCAGGUGGUGCAGCCGUCAGAGAGGUUUAUGAAGAGGCGGGUGUCAAAGGGAAGUUGGGAAGAUUGCUUGGGAUAUUUGAGAACCAAGAGAGAAAACACAGAACAUAUGUGUAUGUACUCACAGUCACAGAAAUUUUGGAAGAUUGGGAAGAUUCGGUUAAUAUUGGCAGAAAAAGGGAAUGGUUUAAAGUGGAGGAUGCUAUCAAGGUACUGCAAUAUCAUAAGCCAGUACACGCUCAGUACUUGCAAAAGCUGAAACUGGACUGUUCAAAUAGUAACGGCAACUCGAUCACAGACGACAAGACUUUGUACGUGACCUCUGCCCAAACUUCAGGGAUGUCGUCUGAUCUCAGAUGAACGGACAUUCGCAUGUGGCCUUUCUGCUCAUUUGCAAUCAAUUAGGAAAGGACAUUUUGCUUUCGGAAGCAGAAUGUGUAUAUUCUAGUCUAGAUUCUAAUAUAGAUUGUAUAUGUAUAAAUACUUUUGCAUGAAUACUUGCAGUGUUGAUAUGAAACAUUUUAUGAUGUAAAAUAGUAUUGAAAACCAAAGCCAUACACUGAUUUAUUUUAACAUUAUUUUGUUAAAUAUGCCUUACUGGCUACUAAAUGUGUUAAGACUACAUUGUAUAAAAGGGUGUAUUU